AUGGCAAGCCAUGGUGUUCGACGUUUCAAACCGGUGGAAAAGACACCAGAAGAGCGGCAGCAGGAGCUACAGAAGAUUGAUGGAUACAAAUCCUUAGAACGCCUGGUGUCGGACAAGGUGGCCCAACAAGAAUACACGGUUGACACUCUGAAGGAAAUUUCCGACUUGCUGAGUCGCAACCCAGAGUACUACACCGUGUGGAAUUACCGGCGGCAAGUCCUUAGACAUCAGUUUUCUGAUGCCGGGGACUCUGCCGAUGAAGAAUCCAGCAAAAAAGUCGCUGAGCUGAUCAAAAAUGAUCUGAUUUUCCUCAUGCCACUCUUGCGCAGCUUUCCCAAAUGCUACUGGAUCUGGAACUAUCGCCUAUGGCUAUUGGACGAAGCCCGCCGGUUACUCCCAUUGGCCAUGUCUCGCCAGUUCUGGCAAGAAGAGCUAGUCCUCGUGGGCAAAAUGUUGACGUUGGACAGUCGGAACUUCCACGGCUGGGGAUACCGACGCCUAGUGGUGGAGACCUUGAAGCAACUGGGAACCCCCGCCGAGUCAGCCAACAUGACCCAGAAGGAAUUCGAGUAUGCGAAGAAGAUGAUCGGCGCUAAUCUGUCCAAUUUCUCCGCGUGGCACUACCGGACAAAGCUUAUCCAGCGAUUACUCGAAGAACAGACGGCCAGUGACGAGGAGCGAAGGAAGAUGUUGGACGAUGAACUUGUUCUCAUUCAUCAAGCCCUGAUUGAUCCUUAUGAUCAGUCGUUGUGGUUUUAUCAUCAGAAUCUGAUGUGCGUGUUCGAUCCGGCUGUCGCCUCCCGGACUAUGGCUCCGAAUCUGAGCACGUCAGAGCGACUUCGAUAUCUACGGAAUGAAAUCGAAGCUAUCCAGGAUAUGCUUGAUGGGGCCGAGGACUGCAAGUAUAUCUAUCAGGCACUGAUUGAGUGUACCUUGCUGGUCUCGAAGGUGGCGGGCCAAUUAUCUAGAGAAGAUCGAGAACAGAUUCUGAGCUGGCUCUCAGAGUUGAAGCAACUCGAUCCGCUGCGAAAACAACGGUGGCUGGAUUUUGAGAAGGCUUUACCUAGUGCAUAG